AUGGCCGAUCAAGUCCUCGACCAGGUUCGCGAUCUUGCUGAAGGCCAGAUUGAUUUCCAAGGCCAAAAACUAGCCGACCUUCUGGCUACCCUUGUCCUCUCAGCAUCCGGAGCCCUCGCCUUCAUCAUUGGCUAUCUUCUCCAAGAUAUAAAACUGGCCGUUUACAUUGGUCUUGCCGGAACCGCUUUCACGUUCCUCCUCGUUGUACCUCCAUGGCCCUUCUACAAGCAGCACCCUGUGAAGUGGCUGGAACCCGGGUCUGGGACAAGCAAUGUGGCUACAAUAGAAAAGUCGGGAUAG